UAAAAUUCCAAUCAGGUUAAAGGAAGGUUUGACGUUUAGAUUAGAGGCGAGGUAAAGAAUUGACUUUUAUUUGCAGGAGGAGCGGAUAGCAGAGUUUCUUCCCCCUCAGCCUCAGGAAACGGACACAGACAAGUGGAAGUGGAAAUAGAAAGAGGGCCGUGUCUGGAGAGAGGGAGACAAGGAAGAGGAGGAGGAGUUUGUGAGUUUUGACGAUGAUAUGCUAUGGCUCGCGUAGCAGGGGACCAGCACAAUGAAGAGGUUUCUUCUUCCGGAGCCACACACGGUGAGUUUCUUUUGCACUUACUUCGCAAAGGCAAUAAUAACGUCAAUCAAACAAAACAAGAGCCAUUUAAUGAUGACACUAGAAGCAACGCAAGUGCACCAUCAUCAUCAUUAUCAGCAGCAGCCGUCGAGGAGGCAUGGCAAUUAACAGAUCCGGCAGUUGCAGCACUUGGUCCAAGCCAUACUUUCCACAACCAUAGCCCUAACCUUAAUCCUAGCCCAAUACUUACCCCUAACUUCCCGCUGCAAUAUCCUAAUGUCAGGCCCUCUUCAUUACACGCCCAUAACAAUGACCAGUCAGUGCCCUUGCCUUUGGCAUUCGACCAAUUGCCGAGAACCCACUAUCUAAAUCCAUAUCAAUUUAAUAAUCACUCCACAUUCGGAGUGGGAACAGCUCCACACGGCCAUUUUUAUGGCUCCGGAUCCGAAGAGCAUGGCCAUUUGCGUAUGCCCCCUCCUCCUCCUUGGAUACGUGGUGGAGCAGAUGGUAGGUUCUAUCCUUCCGGACAUAUGGGUGGAAGUGAGGGAGCAGGCAUUCAUUGCGGGGAUUGGCAGCCACAGAAACAUGGAACCGACCUCCGAGGGCCUUCAGAGAGUUUGAAAGGAGGUUCGCACUUCCCGCUUGGUGGUAAUGGAGAGCUUAGCCACAAUGCCGUCUUGAAUAAUAACGAUAAGUGUAUUAGAGGGAACCAUUGUACUGGUAAUUUUGCUCAAAAUUGUGUCCAGGUCAAUUCUAGUGCUCACAGGCUUGAUGAAAACCAAAAUUCCAUCCCAACGAAUGCUGCUGGUACUGGGCACACUACAUUAAUUCCCAGUCAACCAUGGCUGCCUGUAGCUCAAGAACAAUUCAUCAGGGAUGGAAAUUUGCAGUUUGGAUCAGUAAAUUGGCAUUCUGAACAUGAUAAACACGAUUCCAUGAAUGGCACCUACCCGCAUGAUAAAAACAAGUUUGAAUCACGUUCCAGGGACAUUUUCCUUCACAAUACUGAGCUUCCGCCCAAUCUACAGGGUAAAAAUGGUUCAAUGAGGUUUCUCUGCAGGCCUUCCUCUAACCAGCAACAUUGUGAAAAUCCAACAGGUUUAGAGGACGUGACAAACUGGGAUGGCUCAAAGACUCAAAUUACUGCUGAACCAAGAGUUUCAAAAGGAUCUGUUACAUAUUUUGACAAGGGAACUCUGAAGGGGAAACCAGAAGUGGAUCCCAUGAAAGAAACAACUGGUUUUGCAGGGAAUAAAGCAUUUUACAGAGAUCAUAGGGAAAAAGAAUACAAAGGACAACCCUUUCUGGAAAUUGAAAGGGACAGUAAUAUAAAUAACUUUCCUGACAAUGGAUAUGGCCAACUGGAUCUGAUAAGAAAGGAUGCCGUUAGAAAUGGAACAACACAGUCGACAAUCACAAAAAUGAGGUACACCAGGGAACCGGCUAAGAUGUUGACUCAAAUUAGGACGGACAGACAGGGUAUAGAAAAACAGUUUUGGCAAUCUGGAGAUGGAAAUGUUCCUAAGAAAUGUGGUGGAAAUCAACAAGAAUGGCAAGCCAAACGGUCACAAGUUGAUGGUCUAAUGCAAUCUGGAAACCUGGAUUCACUCUCAACUAUUACAGACUAUUUAUCUGCUCUAGAUGUGAAGGGAUCUGAUAGCUGCAACUUUAGCAAUGUCUUGGAACCCAGGAGGCUUGGUAGACCAGAUGAUGCUGCUUAUUUUAGUCAUACACUUCCCCUUCAUUGUGAAAGUGUAGAUCCUGUUUCUGCUCGAGUAUUAGAAAAUGGGCAAUAUCAGAAGGAAUUGGGUGAGGGUGCUGUUUCAGAAGGAAGCCAGAGAUUUGCAGCUGAAAGGAGAAGGCAAGGAAAGCAAAGGGCAGAUUCAACUCCACAUAUAUCUAAGGAAGCUCACAAAGAUGAUACUGGUGUAGUUUUCACAACAAAUUCCACUCACUUGCAAUCUAUAGGUGAUCGUGAUAAAUAUCAUAAUAGAAACAACUCAGCUCUUUCUCGAGCGCAUAAGGACCCUGAUUCUAAUACCACUCAAGAGUUGAAUAUGCGUAAACAAUAUCGACGGCAAGAGUUGAUGAAGAUAAGACGGAAAGAAUUCCAACAUUGUGCUGAUCUUGAGUUGAUUACUUCCCAGUUGCUUUCAUUAUAUGAAUCUCUGAAACCACAGGAGGAGGAAGAGACCAACAGAAAACAAUUACUCUCAUCUUUACAAAAGCUGAUAAAUAAACAGUGGCCAGGGGCUCGUUUGCAUCUGUUUGGAUCGUGUGCUAAUGCUUUUGGUGUGUGUAAAAGUGACAUAGAUGUUUGUCUUUCGAUUGAUGAUGAACCUUCUAGCAAGGCUGAACUUGUGUUGAAGUUAGCAGAGAUUUUGCAAGCAGAAGAUAUGCAAAAUGUGCAGGCUCUGACUCAUGCAAGAGUACCUAUUGUGAAAUUUACUGAUCCAGCAACAAAUAUCUCUUGUGACAUUUGUAUCAACAAUAUUCUUGCAAUAGUAAAUACAAAGCUUCUUCACGACUAUGCACAAAUAGAUGUUCGACUACAGCAACUUGCUUUCAUGGUAAAGCAUUGGGCAAAAUGUCGGAAGAUCAAUGAGACAUAUCAGGGCACUCUUUCAAGCUAUGCGUAUGUGCUUAUGUGCAUUCACUUCUUACAGUUGCGCAAACCAGCAAUUCUUCCUUGUUUACAGGAAAUGGAAGCAACCUAUCAAGACACUAUUGGUGAGAUUGUAUGUGCAUACUAUGAUAAAGUCAAUGAAUUAAAACACUAUGGUGCUGAAAACAAAGAGACUCUUGCUCAACUGCUGUCAGCUUUCUUUGACUACUGGGCAUUUCGUCAUAAUUAUGCCAAAUCUGUCAUUUCAGUUCGGACUGGAAGGUUUCUUAGUAAGAAUGAAAAGGAUUGGACAAGACGAAUUGGAAAUGAGCGACACUUAAUAUGCAUAGAGGAUCCCUUUGAGAUUUCUCAUGAUUUGGGUCGUGUUGUUGACAAACACAGUAUACGCGUGUUGAAAGAGGAAUUUCAACGUGCUGCAGAAAUUAUGCUCUAUGAUCCUGAUCCUUGUGUCACAUUAUUCAAGCCAUAUGUGCCAAGUUGAUGGAAAGCAGGUAUAAAUAUUACAGAUUCAUAUCAAGUUAAUAAGCCAAAUGAUUUCCUUACAAGGCUUCGCUCUUUUUUGUGGUUUGGCUCUUUUUUGUGGUUUGUAUUUUAUUAGAGAAAGCACCCAAAAUAUUCAGUUUGGAGUUUGUGGUUAUCCUGUUCAUGGUGCCAGAUGCGAGCUUCGUCUCUUGAUUGUAUAUUAGAGAAAGGGAUUGACUUUGUAGUUUGUACAAAUUACUGCAAGCUUGCAACCUUGCAGUGAACAAAGUAUGUUAAAAGGUUUCCCUUAGUUGCCUUUUUACACAUUUUAUUGCAUGCAUAAUGCUGCAUUUACAUACAAAUACUGCUUCAUUUAUAUGCAAUUGAUAGGGAUAUUUUUUAAGAUGAUGUAUUCAAAUUUAAUACCAUAGUUGCGUGGAGACAUGUAUUCUGAUCCACGGUGCUGAUCUCUUGCCUCUCAAACAUAUCUUUUCCCAGAGACGUACAGGGACAACUAUUGGCAAUAGGGGACUUGAGCCUAUGAUUUCAAAUGUUUCUUAAAAAUGUAUAUAUUCUUUUGUAUUAAUUAUUAACUGGGCAAGUAUUUUGCUGAAAAUGUACGGGGAUAUUUUGCUGCCAAAUAUUUUAUCAGGUUAGUGUACACGAGUAGUACUCCAUAUUAGUAGCUUGUGCUAAUCUAGAGCAUUGCAUUAAGAA